CUGCAGGCAGAGGAGAGAGUGGGUGGACUGGACUCACACGGAGCUCCUCUACCUUGCUUAAUGUUUCCUGUAACUUCCUCUUAAUUGUGGAUCUUUUUCUCUGGAUGUUGUUUGACUUCCACAUCACUCCAUAAGAGGUUUGUCACAGUCUAAUGACCCCUUCUAGGGGUUGAGUUUGGAGCAAUGAAGACAGGCUCUCAAAUCCGCCUGUUACUAUGGAAAAACUGGACCCUCCGCAAGCGCCAGAAGAUUCGCUUCCUGGUGGAGAUCUGCUGGCCAGUGUUGUUAUUUAUUGGUCUAGUGUGGCUGAGGAAGGCUAACCCUCUGUACCAACAACAUGAGUGUCAUUUCCCCAACAAGGCCAUGCCCUCAGCAGGCAUUCUGCCCUGGCUCCAGGGCAUCUUCUGCAACGCCAACAACCCCUGUUUCAGAUAUCCAACCAGAGGAGAGUCUCCAGGAGUCGUCUCGAACUAUAAUAAUUCUAUAUUGGCUCGGUUCUAUGUGGACAUCCAGGAGCUGCUUCUCAAUGAUGCAGAAGUCCAGCAGCUGGGCAGACUCUGGCGUGAAAUGUCAUCCUUCUCAAACUUCAUGGACACAUUACGCAACAACCCAUCUGUGGUGUCAGGCCGUGGGCUGAAGAUAGAAGACAUUUUGAAGGACGAUGAAGUUCUCACAGCCUUCUUACUACGAGACGCUGGCCUCUCUACUUCUAUAGUCUACCAGCUGGUCAAUGCACAGAUACGACUAGAACAGUUUGCCUCUGGUAUUCCAGACCUGCAGCUCAAAGACAUCGCCUGCAGCCAGGCCCUUCUGGAGCGUUUCAUCAUCUUCCCCAGUCGGACAGGCCUCCACAUGGUGAGAAACGCCAUGUGUGCGCUCAGUCAGCAAAGACUGCAGAAGAUAGAAGACAUCCUCUACGCUAACCUGGACUUCUUCAAAAUGCUCAAACUGAUGCCUCAGGUCAUAGACAGCAGCUCCCAGGGGAUUGACCUGCAGUUCUGGGGUCGUGUUCUUAAGGCGGCGUCGGACCACAUCCAAGUUCUGUUGCAGAGACAGAGUUCCCAGGAGCUGCUGAAGGCCCUGACCCCUCUGUUCCGAGACGGGGGUCCUGCCACCUUCACUGAACUCAUGUCCACUGUGUCGAACCUUUUCUGCGGUUACCCCGAGGGAGGAGGCUCCAGGGUUCUGUCCUUCAACUGGUACGAAGACAACAACUAUAAGGUGUUUCUGGGAGUCAACGGCACGAAGAACCACAACUAUGUCUACGAUGAGUCUGCCACUCCGUUCUGCAAUGGCCUCAUGGAGACCCUGGAGUCCAACCCUGUCACAAAAAUUGUGUGGAAUUCAGUCAAACCCCUGCUGAUGGGAAAGAUCCUGUACACCCCCGACUCCCCCGCUGUCCGCAAGAUAUUAAAGAGUGCCAAUACAACAUUUGAGCAGCUAGAGAGGCUCCAACAUAUGGCCAAGUCCUGGGAAGAGGUGGGACCUCAGCUCUGGGCUUUCUUCGACAACAGUGUCCAGAUGAACAUGAUCCGGGACACUCUGAAAAACCCAACUGUGAUGAAUUUCAUGGACAAAAGUUUGGAAGACACUGACUUUAACACCAAAUACAUUCUGAACUUCCUGUACAAUGGGCCAGAGGAGCAGAGGGAGGCGGGCAUGGUCAGGUUUGACUGGAGGAACAUUUUUAACCUCACCGACCAGAUCAUACGCAUGUUCAACAACUAUGGAGAGUGCAUCAAGCUGGAUAAGUUUGUGGCCUACACAGAUGAGUCCCAGAUGAUCCACCAGGCCCUGUACUUACUAGAGGAGAACAAGUACUGGGCCGGCUUGGUCUUCACCGACAUGUAUCCCUGGACUACUGCUGUUCCCUCACAUGUGAAGUAUAAAAUCCGCAUGGACAUCGACGCGGUGGAACGUACCAACAAGAUCAAAGACAGGUACUGGGACCCUGGCCCCAGAGCAGACCCGAUGGAGGACCAGAGGUAUAUCUGGGGGGGCUUUGCAUACCUGCAGGACAUGAUUGAACAUGGGAUCAUUAAGAUUCACACAGGGAACAACUGGCCGUUUGGCGUCUACAUCCAGCAGAUGCCGUAUCCGUGUUAUGUAGAUGACCUCUUUAUGAUCACACUGAACCGCUGCUUCCCUAUGUUCAUGGUGCUGGCCUGGAUCUACUCCGUGUCCAUGACCGUAAAGAGUAUCGUAUUGGAGAAGGAGCUGCGCCUCAAGGAGACGCUCAAAGCCAUGGGUGUGGACAACGGGGUCAUCUGGUACACCUGGUUCAUCGACAGUUUCAUCAUAAUGACAGCGAGCACGUGCUGCCUCACCUGCAUCAUCAUGGGUGGGAGAGUGCUGAAUUACAGCGACCCCCUUGUCUCUCUCUUCCUGCUGACGUUCACAGUUGCCACCAUCAUGCAGUGUUUCCUCAUGAGUGUGUUCUUUAACAAGGCCAACCUGGCGGCUGCAUGCAGCGGCAUCAUCUACUUCACUCUCUACCUACCGCACAUCCUCUGCUUCGCCUGGCAGGAUCGCAUCACCAAGAACAUGAAGCUGGCUGCUAGCCUGUUGUCUCCAGUGGCCUUGUUUUGGGACGAGUACCUGUCCCGAUAUGAGGAACAGGCGGGUCUGCAGUGGGACAACAUCACAGACAGUCCGUUAGAAAAAGACACCUACUCCUUCCUCACCCUCCAUCUCAUGAUGUGUCGAUGCUGUCAUCUACGCAGUCCUGGCUGGUAUCUGGAUAAUGUCUUCCCAGGGCAGUAUGGGCAUAGGUCGGCCAUUCUACUUCCCUUUACAGCCCUCCUAUUGGCAACGACCAACACCUUCACAUGUGGAAAACCCAAUCAAAAACAAGAGAAUGCAGAGAAGGAUAUUGAAAGCAGAGGCACACCUGAGACGUAUACCUGCAACGGCUCAGCCAGCAGGAAAACCUGCAAACACCAAAGAAAGAGGGAUCGACUGGAGAGAGAGAGGGAGCUGCAGAGACAACAAGAGGAGAGUCCGAACCAUGACGAGGGUCAGGGAUCAGCAAGGGAAGGUCAACUGUUUUUUGAGCCUGACCCAAUAAGCCUGGUAUUGGGAGUCCAGCUCCAGGACCUGGUGAAGGUGUUCGAUGGAAGUUCUCGUCCAGCUGUCAACUGUCUUAAACAUCAAUUUCUAUGAGGGUAGAUCACAUCUUUUUUGGGACACAACGGUGCUGGAAAAACCACAACAAUGUCCAUCCUGACCGGCCUGUACCCUCCUACAUCUGGCACAGCCUACAUUAAUGGACAUGACAUUCGCACAAACAUCGAUAUCAUCCGUUCCUCCCUGGGGAUGUGUCCUCAGUACAACAUCCUCUUCAAUCAUCUCACUGUGGAGGAGCACAUUCUGUUCUAUUCACUGCUGAAGGGUCGGACUCAGGAGGAGGCGGAGAGGGAGGUGGAGGACAUGCUGGUGGACCUUGGGCUGCCUCAUAAGAGAGAUGAUGAGGCUCAGAACCUCUCAGGUGGUAUGCAGAGGAAGCUUUCUGUUGCCAUGGCGUUUGUUGGAGGGUCCAAGGUUGUCAUUCUGGAUGAGCCUACUUCAGGAGUGGAUCCAUAUUCUAGAAGAUCCAUCUGGGACCUGUUACUGAAAUACAGAACUGGCCGUACAGUGAUUCUGUCCACUCAUCACAUGGAUGAGGCCGACCUGCUGAGCGACCGCAUCGCCAUCAUCUCUAAAGGGCAGCUGCACUGCUGUGGGUCCCCACUCUUCCUCAAAAACUGUUUUGGAGUGGGUUUUUAUCUGACUCUGGUACGGCGCAUCAAAGAUCUAAGGAGGAGAGAGAAUGAGUGUGACUGUGAUUCAGACUGCUCCUGCACCUGCACCAUAUGUACCAGAUACAAGGACCAGUCUCAGAACCAGUCCCAGUAUCAAGACAGAGUUCUAGAUGGGGACAUAGACAGCAUCUCCAGCCUCAUCCAGCACCACGUCCCUGAAGCCAAGCUGAUUGAGACGAUUGGCCAGGAGUUGACCUAUCUGCUCCCCAACAAAGGGUUCAAACACCGGGCGUAUGCCAGCCUGUUCAGGGAGCUCGAGGAGACACUCACUGACAUGGGCCUCAGCAGUUUUGGCAUCUCUGACACGUCACUAGAGGAGAUAUUCAUAAAGGUCACUGCAGAUGGAGAAGCAGCGAAUAAUGCCACCAGUCCAGAGCAGUGGAUGUUACAGCAGAGAAAAAACGGCAACACUGUUGGUGUUGGAGGGAAUGAAGAGCAUAAUGGCGUGGCGCAGGGUAAUGGCACUACCCACGGUGCAUCAGACAGCAGUGCAGGGAAGGGCUCCAGGCAAAUAAAAGGAGCCACACUGAUCCUGAAGCAGUUCCAUGCUCUGCUGGUUAAAAGGUUCCACCACGCAACACGAAGCAGAAAAGACUUCCUGGCACAGGUCGUCCUACCUGCCACUUUUGUCCUGAUAGCUCUGAUCUUCACCUUAAUUGUUCCGCCAUUUGGGGAAUAUCCCAGCCUCACUCUGAGCCCCUGGAUGUAUGGACAACAAUUUACGUUCUUCAGUAAUGAGCAACCGCUUGACCCCAGAAUGAAACGGUUCACAGAACGCCUGUUAAACCCACCAGGUCUCGGGACCCGGUGCAUGGAAGGAGAACCGCUAGGAAUGGUCUGUGGCAACAGUACGUCAGUGUGGGACUACCCUGACGUCUCCCCUGUGGUCGCCAACAUCCUACAGAGUCCUGAGUGGAAUGACAGAAACCCCUCCCCUUCAUGUCAGUGCAGCACCAAUAAGAAGCUGACAAUGAUGCCCAUCUGUCCCAUCGGCGCAGGGGGGCUUCCCCCACCCCAGCGAAAGGAGCCCACGGGGGACAUUAUGUUGGAUCUGACGGACCGGAACAUCUCGGACUACUUGGUUAAAACCUACCCCACUCUGAUCAGAACCAGUUUAAAGAGCAAGUACUGGGUGAACGAACAAAGAUACGGAGGUCUGUCAAUAGGAGGACAACUUCCCAUCCUGGACGUAGACCCACGAGACAUCCAAAAUACAUUCCAUCAGCUGGGCCGAAUGCUCAACAUCACAGGGGGUCACCACUCUCGACUUGCACUGAGGGAGAUCGGUCCUUUCUUACAAUACAUGGAAAGUGAAUUCAAUAUAAAAGUUUGGUAUAAUAACAAAGGCUGGCACGCCAUGGUGGCCUUCAUGAACGUGGCCAACAACGCCAUUCUGCGUGCUUUCCUCCCGUCCUCCGCCAAACCUGUUGAAUACGGCAUCACAGCUAUCAACCAUCCUCUGAACCUGACCAAAGAGCAGCUUUCUGAAGUCACAGUGUUGACCACAUCAGUUGAUGCCGUGGUUGCGAUCUGCGUGAUUUUUGCCAUGUCCUUCAUCCCCGCCAGCUUCGUCCUCUACCUCAUCCAGGAGCGUGUGACCAAGGCCAAGCAUCUGCAGUUUGUCAGCGGGGUCAGUCCUCUGGUCUACUGGGUGGCCAACUUUGUGUGGGACAUGAUCAACUACUGCCUCAGCGCUGCUAUGGUGGUUGGCAUUUUCAUGGCUUUUGACAAGAAGUGUUACACAUCACCUACUAACCUGCCAGCACUGAUAGCACUGCUCCUGCUGUACGGGUGGUCAGUGACGCCCCUGAUGUAUCCCAUGUCGUACAUAUUCAGCAUCCCCAGUACGGCCUAUGUGUCUUUGUCCUGCAUCAACCUGUUUAUUGGCAUAAACAGCAGCGCCAUCACCUUCAUCCUGGAGCUGUUUGAAAACAACAGGCCUUUGCUGCAGUUUAAUGAGUGGUUGAAGAGGUUUCUGCUGGUGUUCCCUCACUUCUGUCUGGGACGUGGACUCAUAGACAUGGCCAUGAAUCAGGCUGUAACGGAGGUUUAUGCCAGAUUUGGUGAAGAGCACACAGUGGAUCCUUUCCGGUGGGACUUUGUGGGCAAAAAUGUUGCUUUCAUGGCAGUGGAGGGCUUUGUCUACUUUAUCCUCAAUCUUCUGAUCCAGUACCGUUUCUUCUUGAGCCACUGGUUAUCAGAGUACAGACAGAAUCCAGCAGAUGAUGAAGACGAUGAUGUGGCUGAAGAGAGGCACAGAAUCUAUGAUGGAGGGAGUAAGACGGAUAUCCUGCAGAUCAGAGAUCUCUCCAAGACCUAUGUGGGCAGGAAGAGGGCAGCUGUGGACCGGAUUUGUGUGGGUGUCCCUGCAGGAGAGUGCUUCGGUCUCUUGGGAGUUAAUGGAGCUGGAAAGACCACGACCUUCAAAAUGCUGACUGGUGACACUGAUGUCAGCUCUGGGGAGGCGACUGUGGCCGGUUACAGCAUCCUGACAGAGAUUCUGGACGUGCACCAGAACAUGGGGUACUGCCCUCAGUUUGACGCCAUCGAUGAUCUCCUCACCGGCAGGGAGCACCUCUACCUCUACGCCCGCCUCAGAGGAGUCCCAGAGUCAGAGAUCCCCAGAGUGGCAGAGUGGGGUAUCCAGAAGCUGGGUCUGACGGAGUACGCCGGCCGCUGUGCAGGGACCUACAGCGGAGGCAACAAACGCAAACUCUCCACAGCCAUCGCAAUGAUUGGUUGCCCAGCAUUGGUGCUACUGGAUGAGCCCACCACAGGAAUGGAUCCCCAUUCUCGCCGGUUCCUGUGGAAUGCCAUCAUAAGCGUAAUUCAGGAUGGCAGGGCUGUGGUGCUCACGUCACACAGUAUGGAGGAGUGUGAAGCCCUCUGCACUCGACUGGCCAUCAUGGUCAAUGGGACCUUCAAAUGUCUGGGCACCAUCCAGCACCUCAAAUACAAAUUCGGCGAAGGCUACGUAGUAACAAUGAAAAUAAAGGCAGCUAAAGCCGGCUCAGUCCCAGAUCUGGAACCUGUUGAGAGUUUCAUGGAGGGCAGCUUCCCCGGCUGCAUUCAGAGAGAGAAACACUACAACACGCUGCAAUACGAGAUCGCCUCAUCGUCCCUCGCCAGGAUCUUCCAGCUGGUGGUGGCCAAUAAGGAGAGACUCAGCAUCGAAGACUAUUCUGUUUCCCAAACGACACUGGACCAGGUGUUCGUAAACUUUGCCAAGCAACAGACGGGAGAGGACGAUGACAUGACGCCACACAGAAGAACCACGGGAGGAAGAAAAGACAUCAAAAUUGCUCCAGUGAAGAGGAAAACAUGAAAAAAAAAUCAGUUGUGAAUGUAUAGAAACACAAAUGUAGUGAAGCUACACUUUGGUAGUCAGACUUCUGCUAAGAGUAGAGAGGACUGAGACUGGUGACCUGCCAAAGGGACGGAGCCAAAACUACACGGCACUGUCUAGAAAUAGGUGUUAACGUGUCAACAUAUUUCACUAUGUAUCUGUGCAUCUGUAUUUCUAACAUUUGAUGUAAUUUGCAAUAUUUUGAACAGCAUGAACCGAUAAAGAAAAAAAAAAAAAAAGAAAAUACCUGAUUACAGAGCUAUCACCAGGGCACUUUCCAGCAUUUCUCAUCUGAAAUGUUCUUUAAAAAAAAAAAAUACUUGCUUAAAGGAACCUGUACAUAUUGUACCUGUUAUCAAAAUGGAAGCACCUUAGAGGCAGGAUUUUGCAGUAUUUAUUUAUUUUUUUAUGUCUACGUUACGACGAACACUUCAGUUUUAAACAACACAUCAUUUAAUAUUUAUUGUCGGACCCAUCGGUUGUUCUUUCUUUUCUGAAGACAUGUUUACUGUUGUUUCAAAUCUUUUCAAUAAGUUGCUGUGUUUAAAUAUUUAUUUGUCUGAUAUGUUUCAUUUACUUUUACACUGCCAUGUCAUGUUGGUAUUCAGUGUCAGUACAAAAAAGGAGCUUUGAAAUAAGAAAACCAUAAUGAGUAAAUAAAGCUGUAGAAUACAGAUGAGUUCUGUUUUGUAUCUGACAGUAAACUUUGCUUUAUAUUCAA